GGAGUGGCUGUAGAGAGAAAGUGAAACUAAGCUCGGUGACUCCGUCUGUAAGGAGGAUAACACUGACUCUGUUACACGAUGAAGCCGAAGAUUAAAACAUGUACGAAGCUUCAGCUGCAGCUGCUGAGUUUCUGUCUUCUGUGUUUAAGUGGAAAAACCCGCUGUGAUGAAAACGGACCAGCUGUCGUCACAGUGGAACAAGGCAGUGAUGCUGUGUUACCCUGUUCCCUCAGCUCCAAGGAGAACAUUGAGUCAAAACUGUUUGACUGGAAGAAAGCUGCUCAGAAAGAUGAAAAGAAGGAGGUGUUCUAUUAUGAUGCAGGCAUCCAUUACAACAACGGUCGUCCAGGUCAGAGUGAGGAGUUCAAAGGUCGAGUCUCUCAUUUUCCAGAAGAACUGGAACAUGGCAACGCCUCCAUCAUCAUCAGAAAUACGAUGGUGACUGACAGCGGAAACUACACCUGUGAUUUUCCACAUCUUCAGCCACGUCAAACAUUCCCCAUUGAGCUUGUUGUUGGCACAUGUCCAAAGCCGAAUUUAAGAAUACUUGGUCCAACAAAGGAUGGGAUGCUCUUGCGGUGUGAAGUUCGAGGGGCUUCUCCAAAACCUAAAGUAGAGUGGAAGGACAGUUCUGGAAACAAACUUCCUGCUGAAGAACUACAGGGCCCAGACAGAGGAGGCCUCUAUGACAUCAUCCUCCAAACUACAGUGACCAAGACGGACAACUACAGCUGUGUAUCUACACAGGACAGAAUCUGCCAUCAGAUUUCUGCCGACACCUAUGUGCCUGUCAAUGGACCAACAGUCAUCAGUGUGUACGAGGGGGAUGCUGCUCCUUUACCCUGUUCCCUCAGCACCAAGAAGAACAUUGAGUCAGAGAUGUUUGAAUGGAAGAAAGACGGUCAGAAGGAGGUGUUCCUGUAUGAUGCAGGCACCAUCAAUGGGCGAGCAGGUCAGAGUGAGGAGUUCAUAGGUCGAGUCUUUCAUUUUCCCGAUAACCUGAAACAUGGUGACGCCUCCAUAACCAUCAGAAAUACAAAGGUGACUGACAGCGGAAACUACACCUGUGAUUUUCCACAUCUUCAGCCACGUCAAACGUUCCACAUUGAGCUUGAAGUUGUGGAGACUGGUAACAGUUCAUCCGGAGCAAACAGCUCAGUGAACAGUGGGUCUGGAGCAAACAGCUCAGGGCUCUCCAUUGGAUUAAUUGUUGGUAUUGUCGUUCUUGCCAUACUUUUGAUUGGUGUUAUUCUGGCUGUGCUUGUAGACAAGGGUUACAUCCCACUAAAACGUAAUAAAGGUUCACCAGCAGAUCACAUUGCAGGUUCAGCAGUCCCUCUUAAGAGUCAACCCAGUCGGUCACAGGAGGCACCUGAUCCAGAAACCUAACUGUCUCUACAUGUGUUGUAAAGUUUGCUGCUGAAGGAUGUGAACUGUGUUAAUGUAAAUUCUGUGAGAAGCAGUUUGAGUUUUAGAUCAGACUGUGUGUUUGUGAGGACAAUUUGGCUGAUCUUGUUUUCAGAUUACAGUUAAAAUUAGUCUCAGGUUAAGGUCAGGAUCAGGGUUGUGGUUGGACAGAUAGUUGUGAUGGUAGAAGGGUGGAAGUGAUGUCGUCGGGGUGAAUGUGUAUUCAGCUCAUUCUGCCUUCAUAUGGAGACAUCAUGACCACAAUCUGUCCCUGAACUUAACCUAGUGUUGUUUAUACGCUGUCCUCACAUUGAGUUCUCCCCAUAAAGAUCACAGACAGUAAGAUAACAGCACGCCUGCUCUCUGAGCUAAUUUAAAUAUCUAAAAGAACUGGAGAUCUUGUGAUGAGUUCACUCAGUCGCAACUUAAAAAGAAAGAAAGCCAGGGGUGUCAAGUGGGGGCUAGUGGCUCCUUCCCUUCUUCCUACCUUCCUACUCUUGGCCCCCGUACUCAGACCACAGCCAUCUUUGAACUGCCUUCAUUUUGAUCUCAACUACACAUCUUUUCAGUUUUGUGUGUGCGUUUUGCAUGGUUGUAACGCUAUCGCAUUGACUAAUGACUGUCCACAGGAAGACACACACACACACACACACACACACACACACACUCGUACACAAAUGUAAACAUGUGGCAAAAUACUCAAAAUGGCUUCUGUGAUAGUUCCUGUUGCAAAAUGUGUCACCAGGACCACAUUAAGCCACGAUGACACACACACAGACUUAGAGGUGAAAACAAUACACUCAUUACCAGCCCCAACAACGAUGUGAUAACUUAAUAUCCCUGCGAAGAUUUACUCACAAAACUUUACAGGUUUGUAGCUGAGAUCAAAAUGAUGGUUCAGUUCAAAGAUGAGUGUGUUCUGGGCAAGUUGGCAGAAGUAGGGAAGGGCCCAUUGCCCCAGCCCUCACACACACACACACACACACACACACACACACACACACAGUGCUUCAGGUCUUGUAGAACUGUGUUGUGGCACAGGAGUUAUUAAUUUAGUGUCUUUUUAUUGGUGUAUUUAAUAUGAACUGUUCACUUUAAUCUGUUUUAAUUUUGGCCUUACAAAAUAAAAGUUGGACCACAUGUUAGUUCAGUGAUAAGAAUGAGACAGUUACACAGAGACAGACUGGAGUUAACAAGGUGACAACAGAAGAGAGGAAGUUUCCUUUAAUGCUGACAGAACUGAUUAUUAAUGAAUCAUUCUGUUCAGUGACAAUUAAAUUAGCAGUUUGUGUUAAAGUCUGAUAUUUAAUGUGUAUAUAGUGACUGAGUUCCACUGUGUGUGGCUGUAAGAGGAGAAACUGUGUUUUUUAAAUGAUGGCUUGUUGUGCUUUUGUUCUGUGUGGAUUUUCUUCUAUUAUUUUUAUAUUCUGAUUAUUUUAUGCAUCUUGUUUUUAAGAUUGAUUUCAUUUCCAGGCAGCACAGAUUUUCAUAUCACAUUUAAUGCUUCAUUUCUGUCCAAGCGUUUGAAUAAAACAUGAAAAAUGUCA